AUGCCAUUCAUCCGUGCCGAGCGCUCUCGGCUUCGGAAGUGGCUCUUGACCAAUCUUCCCAUUCAGUGGGGCAAGCAUGUCACUGAAAUUCAUCGUGAUGACACAGGCGUAGAGGUCUUUUUUAAAGAUGGCACGAGUGCUAAGGGUGACAUUGUUGUUGGUGCCGACGGGGUGUAUAGUCCCGUCCGAACACACCUCCUCCAGCGUCCCAGCAGCGACCUCCUCCAGGUCGUCCCGCUCAGUGCCAUCGUGGGCGAACUGACCCUCUCAGGUGAGGCCUUUGAACGCCAACUCGCUCUCGGUCACAGCGCGUAUAACCUCAUCAACCCCGAACUCGGCUUCAUCGGUUUUGUCGGCCUUCAUUAUGUACUCCCCGAUGGCAAGUCCGCUCGCUUCUACUGGAUGUUCAUGCAACCCGAUGCCGAAGUCAACGAUUCACAGCACUGGCUUCAAACAUCCACCCAGCAGGAAAAGCUAAGCCACGUCCUCCAGACCACGGCGGGCCUGCCGCCCAAGCUUCGUGAGAUCUUCGAACUGACCACUGCUGAGGGGAUUCGAAAAGAGCCACAUAUCUGGCGGGACCUUGAACUCGACAGUCUCCCUUCCAGCCGUGUCGUGCUCUUGGGUGAUGCGGCGCAUGCGAUGACCCCGUCCCGCGGCGAAGGUGCAUUCCAUGCUUUCAUCGAUGCGAUUAAAUUGGCCAAGGUACUUGGCCAGCUGGAUGCUGACGGGGACGUCCGUGACAUUACUGCUGUGAAGACAGCGGUCGCAGGGUAUCACGAGGAGAUGUUAAGAAGGGGGGUGCGGCGGUCCGCGCCUCAAGGUCCUCUUACCAGGAUGCCCAGAAGCGUGCGGAGGAUGGAAAUCACUUUAUUACUGGGAUGA